AUGAAAGCAAGCAGUAUAAACAGUGUGAAGCAGAUUGGUGCAGUGAAAAUGGAUGAUGCUCCUAGUGAUAACAGGGAACUUGAACUCACUCAACAUGACACUGACGACUCAGAACGAGAAGGAAAGAAGCAUGUACCCAUUCGCAGGAAUUCUUUGUUUUACCGUUCCAUGAGGAGGAAACGACAUACCAAGGAUAGCCACAAGACCAUGAAAAGAGAUGGCCUACAGGAAAGACCAAAAGAACUAGGACUUGCCCCCAAACUUUCUGAUUCACUGCCUUGCUGGAAAAUUCCCACUAUCACCCCGCAGCAUAUGCAGAGAUCUCCACUAUUCAGCAACAACCUUGGGUCAUCGGUAUCAAAGAACCUUGGACCUAAGCAUUGGAAUAGUGGUGAAAUGACAAUGUUGCCCAGUUACCAUGGGUGUUUGCCAGUUUUGGAACUGCAUGAGGUGCAAAAGGAAAAUCACGUACAAAGACCUUAUGACAAUCAAAGUUGUAAUUUGACAUCAAGCCCUGAAAAUUCUCGAAAGAAGGCAUCUGGUUCCAUUCCAACUCAGGGUAAAGUCACUGGUACAGAGACUCUGGCCAAUGACCUUGGAUCCUGUACUCUUGGCGAAGAAGUCCAGUCUCCAGAAAACACAGGGUUGAAGGACAACCCAGGAUGGUGGAAAACCCUGAUCAAAAAACUUCUGUACCAGGAAUAUCGGGAAAAGAGCACCAUUCAAGAAAUUGAGACAAGACGGAUGCAAGAUUGCACUGAAAAAGACACGCCAGAGUUCACAAACAAAGCUGAGCCUCAGGAAGGAAAGACUGAUGCUAAUGCACCUGCUCAAAUGAUAACGCAGCCAGUAAAACUUAGUCAGAGAACAAAUAAUCUGGGCAUGAAAUUAUGGCAGAAUUUAGAAAAAGUGAGGAACAGCACAGUGCUGAGUACUCUCAGUCGCAAGGAAAUUAAACUCCAGGAGGCAAUGUUUGAACUAGUCACCUCUGAAGCUUCUUAUUACAAGAGUCUGGAGAUCCUAGUUUUCCACUUCAUGAAAUCUGAACAGCUUAGUGAAGCACUCAGUCCUAUUGAAAAGCAUCACAUUUUCUCCAACAUCCUAGACAUCAAAGCAGCCAGUGAAAGAUUCUUUCGGGACCUGGAACACCGCAUAGAAGAAGACAUUGUUAUCUCAGAUGUCUGUGACAUUGUGUAUGAACAUACUGUUAACCACUUCAAUGUCUACAUUCCGUAUGUGACAAACCAGAGCUAUCAAGAGGCUGCCUACCGACGAGCAAUGGAAAAUAAUCUCCAGUUCCGUAACGUUAUGGCUGAACUCGAGAAAGAUCCCAAAUGUAGAGGACUGCCAUUUCCUUCAUUUCUUAUCCUGCCUUUUCAAAGGAUAACGCGACUGAAACUCCUGGUACAGAAUAUCUUGAAAACAGCAGAAGAAGAGUCAAAGAGAGAAAGCACAGCUGUGAAGGCACAUAAAGAACUUGAAAAGGUUAUCAAAGAAUGUAGUGAACGUGUGAAAAAAAUGGGCAGAACUGAGCAGCUGAUCAGCUUUGAGAAGAAACUGGAUUUUAAAGUCAAGGCUGUACCAAUCAUCUCCCAAUCUCGGUGGCUACUGAAGGAAGGUGAAUUGGAGCAAAUGUCAGGACAGAAAGCAACACGAACCUUUAGGAAGAAGAAAUUAUUCAAGCCAGUCUACCUGAUUCUGUUCAAUGACCUUUUCCUAAUAACCAAGAAACAUUCCUAUGGUGACAGAUAUGAAGUGUUUGACUAUGCACUCCGAGGUCUCCUCCGGGUCCAAGAACUGGAGGACCAGGGUCAGGCACUUGCAAAUAUAUUCAUGUUGAGACUUUUAGAGAACAACAAUGAUCGUGAGGUCCAAUAUAUGUUGAAAGCAAAAACACAGAGUGAUAAGAAACGCUGGGUCCAUGCACUUGUCCCAAACCGAAGAACAAAGUAUGUUUCUCCCAGCUCAUUGCAUUGGGAUUGUCCCCAAGUACAGUGUAUUCAGAGGUAUUCUGCACAGGAACCUGAUGAGCUCUCCUUAGAAGCUGCUGACAUCCUCAAUGUUGUGGAUUGCUCACAAGAUGGCUGGAUAUUAGGAGAUCGUUUGCAUGAUGGAGAGAAAGGUUGGUUUCCCACCCCAGUAGUUGAGGAGAUCAAAAAUCCACAACUCCGAGCCCAAAACAGAAAAGAAUGUUACCGAAUCUAUAAGGCAGAGGAAAGCCAUGGAAGUAAGAACAAGGAAGGAAGAAAAUUUACCAACAGGAAUGUGAUCCAUCAGCGGUGA